AUGUCAAAUAAGGAAGUGAAGGCAGCGUUAAAGACUGCUAGAGAAGCCAUACGAAAUAAAGAAUAUAAGGAAGCCUUAAAACACUGCAAGGCGGUUUUGAAGCAGGACAAAAACAACUACAAUGCUUGGGUAUUUAUUGGCCUGGCAGCUGCUGAGUUGGAGCAGCCUGAUCAGGCCAAAGGAGCGUAUAAGAAGGCCAUUGAACUUGAACCCAACCAGUUACUGGCGUGGCAGGGAUUAGCAAAUUUUUAUGAGAAACCCAACCAGACAGAUGUCAAAGGAGACUUAGCGGAUGUUUACCAGAAGCUCUUGGACCUCUAUGAAAGUAGUGACAAGGAGAAAUGGUGUGAUGUGUGCAAGAAGCUUGUGGAACUGUAUCAUGAAGAAAAGAAAUAUUUAGAGGUGGCUGUGACAUGGUGGAAACUAAUACAAGUGAAAGAGGAGGGAGGUGCAGAAAAGGCAGAGCUUCAUCAGCUUUGGAAGAAGAUGAUCCAGUUACUGCACGACAGUACACCGAUCCAGGAUAAUAAGACUGAGCAAUUGCUUUUGACAGCAUUUGAACAUGCGUUGAACACGGCUGACGCUGUUCCUGGUGAGGACCACCAAAACCUUUACAAGGACUUUAUUCAGUGCUUGUCAAAACUUCCUCAUGAAACCUCUAGGUUGGAAAAGGCCUGUAGUGAUAUGAUGGUUUUGUAUCCUACUGUGAUUUAUCCUGUGGAAGUACUUUGCUUGCACUUCAUUGAGUCAGGUACUUUGUCGGAAAUGGCCUUGAACUCUUUUUCUAUGCUUUUGGAGAUGGAUUCAAAUAGUGGUCCAGGCAUCAUUGGUUUUGGUAUGAAAUACCUCAAAGAGAAGAAGUACAAGGAGGCUGUUAAGAGUCUUACUGAAGGUUUGCAGAAGGCUAGCCAUUGCCCAGCAGCAUGGCGUUAUUUGGCAGAGGCACAGAUGAACAUUCACAAGCACAGGGACGUUGUCCUGUCCUGCAAUCGAGCUCUUGAGGCUCUUGGACCUCCCGAGGGUCCUGGUCUCCAGUGGAAGAACUUUAUCCUUCAGUUGAAAGCAGAGGCUUUGGUUAAAAUAGGUGACGCUGGUGCUGCGGAAGAAGCCCUCAAAGCACUUGAGCAGCUUGCAGAUGGAAGCAGUGACCCAGUGGUUUUAGCUGUCAGAGGUCGGGCGUAUCUAAACAAAGCUUCAGUGGAUCAAGCUUCCAAGAUUUCCCAAGAGCUUCUGUUGUCCCACCCUGACCUGGCUGAGUCCCAUGCUCUAGAGGGUUUCAUCCAUUAUUCCCAAAAGAACUAUGAACAGGCAGAGAGAAGUUUCCUAAAUGCUAUUGAAAGAAAGGCCAACAGUGCCGAGUAUCAUCAUUACCUGGGGCUCACAUACUGGUUCAGGAGUGAUGAGACAAAAACAGACAAAGGAAAAGCACACACUCAGUUCUUGAAGGCUGCAAAAUUGGACAGCUACUUGGGAAGUGCAUUUUGUUGUUUAGGUAACUACUACAGAGAUGUUGCUGGAGACAAAAGUAGAGCUCGUGGUUGCUAUAGGAAGGCUUUUGAACUGGACAGAACCGAUGAAGAAUCUGGAGCAGCAGCUGUAGACUUAAGUGUGGAGCUUGAGGACACGGACACUGCUCUGUCAAUCCUGAACGAGGUAAUCGGAAAAUCGAGAAUUGGUUCAGCGAAAUGGGCCUGGCUUCGUCGUGGGCUUUACUACCUGAGAUGUGGUCAGCCGUCACAAGCAGUGGCCGAUUUGCAGGCAGCUCUCAGGGCUGAUCCAAAUGAUUCCAACUGCUGGGAGUCUCUAGGAGAGGCUUACUUGAGCAGAGGCAGCUACUCAACGGCUCUGAAAUCCUUCAGGAAAGCGAGCGAGCUGAACCCGGGGCUCGUGUAUAGCAUUUACAAAGCUGCAGCAGUUGAGCAGAUUCUAGGCAAAUACGAAAAUGCAAUAGCUACGUAUCAACAAAUCUUAGAGAAGGCAGAAGAUUAUGUGCCUGCACUGAAAG